CCUGGUUUUGAUAUGUGAGCGACAUAGAGUUUGUGGGCUGGUUAGCGCACACUAGAGAACGAUCGGACCAUCUACAGGGCCGAAUUUUCAUAAAGUAGUAGUGCCCGCCUACUGCUGGAAAGUUUUCAGAUCACAAGCCACAGUGUCCGGUUUUCCUCCCCUUCGUUCUUGCAAGUCCACCGGGUAUAACUUAUACCAGGGCUCCGUUUGCAAUACUGUUCUCCAUACUGCUCACCCAUUAGACAGUACGUGUCUGUCAUGCCCAUUCUACAGCACUCGCAAAUACCUCUCCCUUCGGUUCCAGUACCCCCUUACGACAACAAAAGAAAGCAUAAAGACGUUUGGUACCUACGCUCGACCAAUGAAGUUUUUACUGACUAUGAAACUUACAUUGAACGCUUAAUGCAAUAUCGAUUGCCGCAAUGGCAAUGCGAACGAACGGGACGCGCCGAUUUCACUUAUGAUCAAGCACUGGAAAGUGAAAACGCACAAGAUAGUCGUGCGGAAUAUCGGUUUUCCUUCACUCUUGCUAAAAGAGUAUUUCAAUGUGUUCAAUUUGAAACGUCAAGGCUAGAUACUGUUGUUGAACACGUAUUCGACACGCUGUGUAGCCAAUAUGAAGUUGGCGAAUAUAUCAACUGUUUGUGGGAUGAUGGAAUUGCAUAUAACGCUCGCAUUUUGGAAAUUAUACCACCUCCUUCUGUUAAUAAGGCUCCCAACGGCAACAGCUUGUCGGUCAUAUCUGAUCAUGCCUCGGAAGUGACUGAGUCAGACGACGAUCGCAAAGAACAGGCGAUACAUUCGACUCAAACCGCUACGACCACACUCAAAUUCCCAGAUGCAUUUUUACUUCCAGAACCCGAGGCUGAAAGCACACCAACUCCUCAGACGCAGACUCUUGAGUCUUAUUUUAUGGAGGAAGAACCAGAAGCAUCAACAGAUAUGUUCAAAGUGCAACUUGUUGAUGCCGACGGUGAAGGGAUUGAUGAGUGCAUCAAAUGCGUCCAUAAAGGCGAUAUUCGACGUGAUCGUUUCUAUUUCUCCAAGCCAUUGAUAAAGCGAUUGAUUCGUGAGUGUAUGACAAAGGAGAACUAUGUGGGAGCUCCAUGGAUUUUGAAGCCUUCCAUAGCAGAACAUUACGGUAUCGACAUGACCAUGCCAAAUCAUCUCCAGGUUGCUCGAGAUAUAGCGUACAACAAGACGCGCAAGCGAAAGAUGGUUUCAGAUUCUGAGAAUGAGCGAAAAGCGCCACUUGAUGCAACGCAACGUGAAAGGUUGAAGGAAGAAAAGGAGAGGAUAAGAGAGGAGCGCCGCCAGCAGGCUGCUAUCAAAUACCCCAUUGAAGAUAUUGAUCUGCCAAUAUACCGAAAAGAUCCAGUGAAUAGCUGGCAGCUGACGGACCUAUCUCUUACAAACAACGCCUUACCAUGUCCCGUACCUUAUCCAAGCGGUGGUCGACCACCCAGACCUGUGCCAUGGAAAGAAUUUACUGUACCUGCCGAGUAUUUUGAAUCCUACAUCAUGAUAUGGAUCUUUCUCAGCACGUUUGCUGAGCCUUUGAAUCUUGAUCCUUUCACUAUCGACGAUUUUGAAUCCGGAUUAUGUCAAAAUGCCAGCAAAUCUCAUAUCACCAUCGACAGCUUUACCUCUCUUCUCAAUGCCAUUGUGCGCGAACGGAAGGAUGGUGUUUUGCCUGGAUGCAUCGCCGGAGGUCCAGUGGCUAAUGUGCUCUCCUCACGAAGUGCCACCCCUAAUAGAGCAACUUCAACGCCGAAAUUAGAAAAGAUGCAAAGCGAAGGUAGCCCUAUGGACAUUGACAGACCUGAAACGACUUCUGAAAAUGGAAAGGCUGGUGUCGACAUGGAUGCGUCGCCCGAGUCAUCUUCGCCUGAUCCAAAUGUACCUGAAAGAGGUCAAGGUAGUGCCGAUGUACUCAAAGUGUCAAAAAACUGGGAUAAUCGGGAAAUCAGGAGCGAUCGACGAGGUUGGGAAUCAACCCUGAUUGGAUGCUUGAAUGAGCUCGCAACCACUGAUAGUAUACCUGACUUGGAUGAAAUUCUCAACCAUCUCGUCCCGCGCACCAACUGUACUAUGGCUGAUCGCGAAAAAGCGUUCAUUUCCCUGGAUGUCACAUACAAGAUACAAAUAUUGGAAUUCUUAGUCAACGCUGUUAAUGAGUGUAGUUUGAUCAAGGAGUAUAUGGAGCAGUGUCAAGAGCAAUUGACCGAAUUACGGCGACAAAAAAUAGAUUUAAAUAGAGAAAAUAAGAGAAUUUUGGCUUCAAAGAUGGCUUUAAACCAAAAAGAUAAAGAAGAUCAGGAGGAAGAAAAGGAAGAAGGUGGUGAAUCUGGAGAUAAUGCGGAUGACUCAGACGGGGCAGAGGACGAUGCCGACAAUCAACAUACGAGCGAUAGUGACAUGGCAUCUGGCAAUGAGUCAAGUGAUUCUGAGGAAGAUGAAGAGAUGACGGAUCAUGAAGAUGACACCAGAUCCUCUCGACGAACUAGGCACGAUAAAAGACACCAAUCGCGACAAGCUAAGCUCAAACGACAGCAACAAAAGCGUGAGGAACUUGAAGCAUUACGUGUGAAAAAUUAUCGAGAAGAACGUGAAAAGGCGAAGAUUAAAACCCAACAGGCUAAGGCAAAGGCUGAAGAGCGAAAACAAUUAGAAGAUGAUGAGAAGGCACAGCAAGAGAAGGAGGGACAGAUUGAAAAAGACAUGCGGAGGUACAUGACGCUACGAAUAAGACCUCUUGGACGUGAUCGAUUCUACAACCGAUAUUUUUACCUGGACAAUAUCGGUGGCGCUGUGGGAGAUGGAAGUGGCAGAUUGUAUAUACAAAAUCCUAGUUACGCCGAUAUUCGACUAAUUCUUAAUCGCAAACCCACUGAAUUGGCUGGAUACGGUAGUGAGACCACCCAAUUUUUCUUGGAGUUGAUGAAACAGCAAGGAUUUGACGAAGAGAGUGAAUGGCUCGAACAUCGACUUCAAGAGGUUAUCGAGGAAGGCGAAGGAUCUGUCGUUCCACCGAAUGCCUGUGCCAAAGGAUGGUGGAUGUAUUAUUCGCGACCUGAAGAGGUAAAUGCCAUAAAAAAAAAAAGCAAAAAAGAAAAGAAAAACUUUUUUUUGGUACGUAUAACUCAUCUUUCUUGCGCGCUCACUUUAUAGAUUGAUGCACUUUUGUUGUGGCUGAAUCCAAAAGGAGUGCGAGAACAACGGCUUCGCAAUGAAAUCACAAAGCAAUACAACAGCAUAGUACAAGGCAUGAAAAAUCACCAAGAGGCUCAGAAUCCUGACCAUGUCAAGCCAACCCGGCCCCGUACAAGAUAUGGACCAACGAGUUAAAAUGGCUUUAUAUUUAUUAAAGACGAUGAUGCCAAAGCAAACAUACCAAAUAAAAAUGAGAAAUUAUAUUA